CCGGCCCCUCCCCGCCCCUUCCCCGGCAGCUCCGCGUCCUCUCCGCCUCUCCACCCCUCCGCCGGCCGGGCCCCGCCUCGGCUGCCCGCCCUCUCCCUGCUCCCAGCCGCCGCUCUGUCCGGCAGCAGCCAGCCCGGUCUCCGGCAGCAUGUUCAGCUGGGUCAGCAAGGAUGCCCGCCGCAAGAAGGAGCCGGAGCUCUUCCAGACGGUGGCCGAAGGGCUGCGGCAGCUGUACUCGCAGAAGCUGCUGCCUCUGGAGGAGCACUACCGCUUCCAUGAGUUCCACUCGCCGGCUCUGGAGGACGCUGACUUCGACAACAAGCCCAUGGUGCUGCUCGUGGGCCAGUACAGCACAGGCAAGACCACCUUCAUCCGGCACUUGAUCGAGCAGGACUUCCCGGGGAUGCGCAUCGGGCCCGAGCCCACUACCGACUCCUUCAUCGCCGUCAUGCACGGCCCCACUGAGGGCAUGGUGCCCGGCAACGCGCUCGUCGUGGACCCGAAGCGCCCCUUCCGCAAGCUCAACGCCUUCGGCAACGCCUUCCUCAACAGGUUCAUGUGUGCCCAGCUGCCCAACCCGGUCUUGGACAGCAUAAGCAUCAUCGACACUCCGGGGAUCCUGUCUGGAGAGAAGCAGCGCAUCAGCAGAGGGUAUGACUUCGCGGCUGUCCUGGAGUGGUUCGCCGAGCGGGUGGACCGCAUCAUCCUGCUCUUCGACGCCCACAAGCUGGACAUCUCUGACGAGUUCUCCGAAGUCAUCAAGGCCCUCAAGAACCACGAGGACAAGAUCCGAGUGGUGCUGAACAAGGCCGACCAGAUCGAGACCCAGCAGCUGAUGCGGGUGUACGGGGCCCUCAUGUGGUCCCUGGGGAAGAUCAUCAACACCCCUGAGGUGGUCCGGGUCUACAUCGGCUCCUUCUGGUCGCACCCCCUCCUCAUCGCCGACAACCGCAAGCUCUUCGAGGCCGAGGAGCAGGACCUCUUCAAAGACAUCCAGUCCCUGCCCCGGAAUGCCGCCCUGAGGAAGCUCAACGACCUGAUCAAGAGGGCCAGGCUGGCCAAGGUCCACGCCUACAUCAUCAGUUCCCUCAAGAAGGAGAUGCCCAAUGUCUUCGGUAAAGAGAGCAAAAAGAAAGAGCUGGUGAACAACCUGGGCGAGAUCUACGCCAAGAUUGAGCGGGAGCAUCAGAUAUCCCCCGGCGACUUCCCGAGCCUCCGCAAGAUGCAGGAACUCCUGCAGACCCAGGACUUCAGCAAGUUCCAGGCCUUGAAGCCCAAGCUGCUGGACACAGUGGACGACAUGCUGGCCAACGACAUCGCGCGGCUGAUGGUGAUGGUGCGCCAGGAGGAGUCCCUGAUGCCCUCCCAGGCCGUGAAGGGCGGCGCCUUCGACGGCACCAUGAACGGGCCCUUCGGGCACGGCUACGGCGAGGGGGCUGGUGAAGGCAUAGAUGACGUCGAGUGGGUGGUGGGCAAGGACAAGCCCACCUACGACGAGAUCUUCUACACAUUGUCGCCUGUCAACGGCAAGAUCACGGGCGCCAACGCCAAGAAGGAGAUGGUGAAGUCCAAGCUGCCCAACACGGUGCUGGGGAAGAUCUGGAAGCUGGCCGACGUGGACAAGGACGGGCUGCUGGACGAUGAGGAGUUUGCCCUGGCCAACCACCUCAUCAAGGUCAAGCUGGAGGGCCACGAGCUGCCCACUGACCUGCCCCCACACCUGAUCCCCCCAUCCAAGCGGAGGCUCGAGUGACCACCCGGUCCCCGUGCGUCCAGCCAUCUCAGCGCCCAGCCAGGCGGACACUAGGGGGAGGGAAAGGGUCACCAGUUCUCAAGGUCUAUAAAGACUGAGUGGCUGUUCCCUCAGCUCUUGAAAAGGAAAACCACCAUCGUUCUUUCAAGCUGUGCCUGGGCCCAGCAGGGGAGGCGGGUGAGACUCGUAUGUGAAUGAUGGAAUUUUAUGCACAAGAACUAUGGAUAUUUUUAAUAUAUAACAUUGGAGGCGGCCUUCUUUCUUGCCUCCUCUUCCGUCUGACAGCCCCACGCCUUCACGCACACAGCUCUGCUCGCCCCGCCUCCGCUCUGGAUGCACAGCACUACGGCCACCGUGACCGUCCCAGCUGGCCUGGCCUGGCCGCUGCCGGACCCUGGGGCCGUGUGUGGACAGGAAUGACAUGUUGAUUCCUAAACCGAGUCUUGUUGCUUCCAGCCAGCGGCUUCCUCCCCGUGCUCCCGGCCCCACUGCUGCUCGUGCCUCCACCGCCCUCAGCCCCCUGGGCACCGGCCUGCCCUUCGCUCACAUGGGCUCCCACCCCUCAAGUGGCAGGCCCAGCUGCCUUUUGCAGGGGGGUCAGGAGGAUGGGUGGGUGUGAGAGAAAAUGUUUUUCAGAAAAAUAUAUAAGCUAGUUUUGGUUCCGUAAAAGUAAUGCCUUUUAUACUUGACCAAAUUUUCCAGUAACUUCCCAGCCACUCGUUCAGAAACUGUGAUUUUUGUCACCUUUCACACACUCCAACUUGGGGGGCAGUUCCCCCCCCAGGACCCAUUAGACAUGAGUGCGUGCAGAGCUCACCCCACGGGGGACCCCAGAGGUGGCUAUGUGCUGCACCCUCAGUUUCCUGGGACAUUCUAGGGUACCUCCCUGCCCCACCUUUGGGGGGUGCUGGGUCCUCAUGGACCUGGUAUGGCUUGGUGCGCCAGCCCUGGCCUAGUGGCCAGCGACCAGGGACAACCCGCUCCUUCCCUGUUUCACCGCCCUCCCCCCUCAUUUCCCAGGGAAGCCCUCUCCUUCCUUCCUUCCCUUGAGCGAAGGGUGUCACAUGACUUGGAGGUCCUUCGAACACCUUCUCCAGGUGAGCAAUAACCGAGAACCAGCGAGAGGCAGGCUCAGUCUGCCUCACUGUUGUGCCUCAGCCAGGCUGUGUGAGGUCUGGGGGCCCGGGCGGCCAUCGCAGAGCCACCGUGGCAGGGGGAGCGGGGUUCCCACCGGGCACUCUCAUGGGGGUCUCUGGGACCCUGCACUCGGACCUCUCUGGCCCCAGCCCACCCUCCCAGGGCUGCCCUCCAGGCUUCUGUCUGCUGGGUCCGAGUGCCUGGCAGCUGGCUUGGUUCCAUCCAGCUGGCCUUGGCCACCCCCCCCACGGUAACAGGUGGGAAGGAAGGCGCACCAUCAGGUCUUCACCGUCGGGCGCAGUGGCGAAUCCACGCUUGCCUGUUGGAAGAAAAGCGGCCUUUUUCUCCCAUUAAAAAAGUUUAACUGUG